AUGGAAGAUACGGUGUUACCGUCGAGUGCAACCAAUCCGGUUGAUGUUAUGUUUGAAGCAUUCAGGGAAUUAGUUGAAAAAGAUCGUAUCCUGAAAGAUAAUAUAGCGGAUGUAGCACAUGGAAUGGAAUAUUGGGUAUCGAGAAUCAUUGCUAUAUUGCAGAAAACUCAUGCAUUCAAGGAUGGAUGUGAUAUAGACUUAAAGGAGGUGCAAAAUAUUCUAGAUGAAGUGCAAAAAUAUUUGAUAAAGCUAGCUGCUUUAAUAUCUCCCGUAUCAUAUUAUCGAUUUUACGAUAAUUUCCGUUUUGUUAUUCAGAAAUUAUGCUUCGUUGUGACUUAUGUUCAUUUUCUUAAACAUGGAAUUUUGCUGAGUCGAGACAGAGUUGCUGAAAUUUUAAAUAUUAAAGUUGACCCGGCAGCUGGUUUUCAUCUGGACGUCGAAGAUUAUUUAUUUGGUGUAUUGCAACUUGCUAAUGAACUGUCACGGUUUUCCAUUAAUGCUGUCGUUGUCGGUAAUAGCGUAUUGCCUUUUAAGCGUGGUGUAGAAGGGAAGAUAAUUGUUUUCGUGUUAUUAUUUUCGAAUGAAACUUCGAAGUCAUCAGCUUUUAGGAUUGCUGAUUUUCUAUAUGAUCUCGAUGCAAAAUUUCGACUGCUAAAUUUAAAAAAUGAUGGACUACGUCGAAGAUACGAUGCGUUAAAAUACGAUGUUCAGAGAGCUGAACAAGUUGUGUAUGAUCUUACGAUUCGAGGUCUAAAGCGACCAGCGGACGAGAAAUCAGUUUCUACUUAA